AUGGCGCACCACACAGCCCAUCACCACCGAUACUUUGCGAACCCAGAGGAGCUACUUACAAAUUUCGAGGAGCACAAGGAGCUGCUGGCCAGCCUGGACCGCAUAAAUGUGUUUAACCCACCCGUCCAUACAUGCUCAACAGGCUGGGAGUUCCACGGCCUAUACACUGGCCCAACGUCGGUCGCGUAUUUAUUCUACCGACUCUCUUCCGUCUAUCCCGGUCUUGACCUCAAGGACCAGUCUCUGCUAGAUUGGGCAAAGGAAUAUCUCGAUCUUGGCAGUCGGGUCGAUCAUAAGAGCCCGACACCGAGCCACUGCGGCAUCGCCAAUGAGAUACUCGCCCGUCUGGCCCUCUCGGCCGCUAUUGAACAGGAGACGAGCUUUGUCGAGGAGCUCUGUGCCUACGAGCCCAUCAUCAACUCGAGCAAAGACGACGGGUCCAAUGAAUGGCUGUACGGACGCGCCGGAUGGCUCUAUCUACUGAGACUCUGCCGCGCGGCGUUCCAGCAAAGUGGCACCAAGGCCGAGACGACAUUGAAACUGCUCAACAAGACGAUUGACAAGACGGUGAGCCGGAUUCUGCGCGUCCCCCAGCCCUGGACCUGGCACGGCUCGCAGUACCUGGGCGCGGCGCACGGGACCCUCUCGGUCAUUACGCAGGUGGUCCUGUCGCGGCCCACGACGGCGCCGCCGCUGCAGCUCCUGCUGUCGCGGGUCCUGGACCGGCAGUUCGAGAGCGGCAACUUUCCCUCGUCGGUGCCCGGGAGCGGACAUGACCGACUGGUACAGUUCUGCCACGGCGGGCCCGGCUUUGUGCUUUCUCUGCGCUCCCUGCUCCCUUACUUCUCUGGAUCUCUCGGCGACAAGAUGCGCCUCGCCAUUGCCCGCGCCCAGUUUGAUGUCCGCGAGCGCGGCGUCCUGCGCAAGGAACCCUGUCUCUGCCACGGCGUUGCUGGCAAUGCGCUGGCGCUCGACGAUGAUGAGAGCUUCCGUGUGUUUCUGUCGUGCAUGGCGACCAAUUCGAUGAAGAAGCUUGGAUGGAUGAAGGAGAAAACUAGGAACGAGGAGUCUGCUAGUUUGUAUACUGGCGAAGCCGGGCGCGCUUGGGUUUGGGCAGUGGCCGAAAUGAAUUUACCUAGGACGUGUAUUGGAUAUAAUGAUUUAUAA